AUGGUCAUCAAUAUGAGGAUCUCCCAAGAAGGCGGUAGCAACAGAGACGCCUUGGGGAGCCGCUCCUCCAUCGUAGGAGGCGACGGCAAGUACAGAUUCACGGUGCUUCUCGACGGCCUCCUGCGCUACGAAUGGGCCCCGGAUGGGAAAUUCGAAGACCGACCAUCUUCAUUCGCGCUGCACCGCGGCCAGCCGGUGCCCGACUUCAAAGUCCGAGAGACAGACAGCAGCCUGGAGAUCUUCACCGGCAGGUUCCACCUCACGUACGACAAGCAGGAAUUCACGCCGUAUGGGCUGUUCGCCAUCGUCGUGGGAGACACGCGUGCGCCGUGGAGAUAUGGGGAGGACACUUCACGCUGGAACCUGGGCGGCACGGCGCGUACGCUGGACGAGGUCGACGGGCGGAUCGACAUGGGCCUUGGAAUCGUGUCUGAACUGGGAUUUGCGUCGAUCGACGAUUCAGAGUCGUUCCUCUUCGAGAAGGACGGCUUCGUGGCUCCCAGGCGUGCUGGGCCCGGGCGGAUCGAUGGGUACGUCUUUGCGUAUGGCCAUGAUUUCCGGGCGGCAAUCAAAGCGUUGUACACGGUUUCUGGGCCCCCGCCUUUGCUGCCGAGAUGGGCGCUGGGGAACUGGUGGAGCCGAUACUACGAAUACUCGGCCGAGUCAUAUCUCGCGCUGAUGGACAAGUUCCAGGAGACCGAGGUACCGCUCUGCGUGGGCGUCAUCGACAUGGACUGGCACCUCGUCGACGACCCGCGCGUGCACGAGGCCGGGCAGACCGGCUGGACGGGCUACACGUGGAACAAAGACCUCUUCCCGGACCCGCCGAACUUCCUCGACCAGCUGCACAAGCUCAAGCUCAAGGCGACUCUCAACGAACACCCGGCGGAUGGAAUCCACAGCUACGAGGACAUGUACGAGAAGAUGGCCAAGGCGGUCGGGCAGUCGACGGCGCACAAGGACCCCGUUCCAUUCAACAUCUCCGACCGCACGUUCGUCAAGGCGUACUUCGACGUGCUGCUGAAGUCGCUCGAGGACGACGGCGUUGAUUUCUGGUGGAUCGACUGGCAGCAAGGCCCGUACUCGCGCCUGAAGGGCAUCGAUCCGCUGUGGAUGCUCAACCACUAUCAUUUCCUGCACAACGCGGAGCGCAACCCGAACAGGCAUCCUUUGAUAUUCUCUCGCUAUGCGGGCCCAGGUAGUCAUCGAUACCCGGUCGGAUUUUCCGGUGACACGGUCGUGUCGUGGGCGAGCCUGGAGUUCCAGCCUGAGUUCACUGCGACGGCGUCUAACGUUGGCUACGGUUGGUGGAGCCAUGAUAUCGGCGGGCACAUGAUGGGAGUGCGAGACGAAGAGCUACUUGUCCGUUGGACGCAGCUUGGGGUCCUGUCCCCGAUCAUGCGACUCCACUCGACCAAGAGCCGGUGGAUGGGGAAAGAGCCUUGGAAUCUACCGCAGUAUCUCGGGGACAUCAUGGUCAAUUGGCUAAGAUUGAGGCAUAGGUUGAUCCCGUAUCUACACUCUAUGAAUGCAAGGGCUGCUAUUGAAGGCGAGCCUCUCGUCCAGCCCAUGUACUGGGAAUAUCCGAGACGGAAAGAGGCAUACCAGUACAAGAACCAAUACCUUUUCGGGACCGAAUUGAUGGUUAUCCCGAUCACAGCACCGCUGAACCCCCACGUACGACUUUCCAAGACCAAAGGGUGGCUGCCACCCGGAAAAUACGUCGACUUCUUUACAGGAAUUGCAUAUAACGGCGACCGUGAGCUGUGGAUCAGUCGACCGUUGGAGCAAUAUCCUGUAUUCCUGAGAGAAGGAUCGAUUGUCCCCUUGGACCACACCCUCAAGCCGACCAAUGGAGCAGAAAACCCUAGCGGUUUCGAAGUCAUCAUCGCAGUCGGGGCUGAUGGCCGUUUUGAAAUUUUAGAAGAGGGCGAAUCUCAAGGCCGACCGGCAAAGAAUGUUGAUUGGAACAAGACCACCAUAGUAUAUACUCAGAAAGAAGGAACGGUCGAGAUCCAACAAUCAGGCAAGGCAUCAGGCACCAAUACACAAUCUCGGGGAUGGUCGCUGCGCCUUGUGGGCUUGACAAAGGUUGGGAAGAUCGGCAUUAAAGGCUCGGGGCCCGUGGAAGACAGCAAGGCCAAAGUUUCGCAAGUAAGCAAUGGUGUCCUGAUCGACAUUGGUGAAGUGCCGGCAGGAGCCAACGUGACGGUAGAGCUGGGUUUGAACGAUCCACAACUGGACUUAUGCAAAGAAGACGUUAUCACAUCGCUCAUUGAACCUAUUAUCAGGAGUGCCCAGAUCGGGUACACUUUGAAAGACGAGAUUUGGGAGGUCGUCGAUGCCAAGAAAGGCACGGCAAAGUCGGCGAUAUUGAACCGUCUGCAAACAUUGGACAUGAGUCUCGAUAUGAGUAUUGCGAUUGCGGAGUUCCUGGUUGACGAAGCAUAG